AGCAAAUUCUCUUAACGACUCUCUUUCAGAAAAAGAAAAAGCAAAGGAUUUUCCACAGCUUGCAAUUUUCUCACAACAGUUAAGCACGAAACCACAAUCAGAAGUGACGGCGUAAUCACAGGUUUCCUGGUUUCAAUCUGUCAGCUGCAUGAGUAUUAAUCGAGGAGAAGAAGUAGAAUUAACUGUAGGAAUCAAGGAAAAUUUGGAUUCAAGAGAAAUAUGGUUAUCGGCGUGGUUGCCACUGCUCAGUCCGCCGUUGCGUUUGGCCGUCGACGGCUGCAAGCUAUUGCUACGCCGUUUUCUCCUUGUAUCAGGUUACGCUCUCGACGACGGCUGAAUACAUGUCUCAUCCCUCAUAGUAGUGAGACUCCGCCGUACAAAACUUGGAGGAAGAAAGUGCUUGACUCUUUUAGUUUAAGGUGUUCAUUCACUGACACUGAUGUCUGCAAUUCUGUUGCUAAUGAUGAAGUCGAUGAGGAUCAUACCACAUCUCGUUGUUCAGUUCCAGUUGUUCAUCUGAAAUCUGAUUGCAUGGACGCAGAAGGACUUCAUUUACUUGGUGUCAGUUUUGUAGAUACUAUAUUGACAGCAUUGCCUGUCUUGUCGGAAGAGGAGCAGAACACCCUUGCUUCAACUCCUGCUCAUCCAGCUGGACUCUAUGCUUUAUACACUAGCUGCUUGGUCGGGAAUUUGGUUGAACAGCUGUGGAAUUUUGCUUGGCCUGCUACCAUUGCAUUGAUUCAUCCUAGUCUUCUUCCAGUGGCUGUCAUGGGCUUCUUUGCGAAGCUUGCUGUAAUAGUUGGAGGGCCUUUGGUAGGGAAGCUGAUGGACUACUUUCCAAGAGUGCCUGCAUAUAAUUGUUUGACUGUUAUCCAGGUUGCUUCUCAAUUGUUAUCCGUUGGAAUGAUAAUUAAUGCCCAUAUUAUACACCCCAAUUCUGUGUCUCCUGUACUUCUCCAACCUUGGUUUGUUAUGCUUGUAAUAGCUCUGGCCAUAGAGAGGCUCUCUGGACUAGCUCUAGGGGUUGCUAUGGAGCGUGAUUGGGUUGUUUUGUUAGCAGGAACAAAUAGACCAGUUGCUCUCGCUCAAGCAAAUGCAAUGCUUAGUAGAAUUGAUCUACUCUGUGAGAUUGCAGGAGCAGCAUUAUUUGGCAUUUUAUUAUCUAAAUAUGAACCAGUGAUGUGCUUGAAACUGGCAGCUAGCUUGAUGAUGUGUUCACUGCCCAUUUUGAUUUUCCUCACAUGGCUAACCAACAGGCUUUCAGCUGGAGUCCUCGCCCAUGCCAAAUGUCCACAAACUGGUUCUGGAUGCUCACCUCCAGGAUCUUCCCAGAAGACUGAAAAUUUAUUGACAGUAGGUAUAGAUGCUAUAAAGCAUGGAUGGUUUGAAUACAUUCAGCAGCCUGUUCUGCCGGCAAGCCUGGCCUAUGUUUCACUCUUCUUCAACGUCGCUCUUGCUCCUGGCAGCCUAAUGACUGCUUUCUUAACACAUCAUGGUCUGAAUCCGUCAAUUAUUGGAGCCUUCAGUGGAUUAUGUGCUUUCAUGGGUGUCACAGCAACCUUUGUGUCUGCGAAAAUGGUCAACCAACUUGGCAUUCUGAAGGCUGGAGCAGCCGGUCUUAUCUUUCAGGCUUCACUUCUUACCAUAGCAGUUGGAGUAUAUUGGAGUGGUUCUUUUUCUCACAAGAUUCCGCUCAUGUUGUUUUUGUGUUUAGUUGUAUUGUCUAGAUUGGGGCACAUGUUGUAUGAUGUUAUAGGGGCGCAGAUUUUACAAACUGGGAUCCCUGCCUCUAAAGCAAAUCUUAUUGGAACAACUGAAAUUUCAUUUGCUAGUCUGGCAGAGUCGAUUAUGCUAGGUGUUGCCAUAAUUGCAAAUGAUGUUUCACAAUUUGGAUUUCUGGUGAUGCUGUCUCUUCUGUCAGUAGUUGGAGCAGCUUGUUUAUACUGUAGAUGGCUGAAGAAACCAACUGACAUUCAACGAGAUCUUUUUUCUUUUGAGAUGCUGCAGUCUUCAUAAUGAAACCAGUAAAACCAUCACAAAUUUCUAAGCUUAGCAUCCCUUAUCAUUUUGGACUGUGGUACUCGAUCUAGGAGGCAUUGGAGGAACAAAGCAAGUAAAUAAUGAUGAUGAAAUCUCGCCUGAUCCACUAGCUGCUUGAAAAACCAAUCAAAUAAUUUAGCAUUGUAGUUGAAAAUUUGACUUUUAUAAGUUGCAGUUUAUACUUUAUAUUCUCUAGAACUAAAUUACUAAUUUUUUUGUUGAGUAAAUAGUUUUGCAUAUUUCCUAGAGAUUGUAUACUGAUUCUUUUUUUCACUAUUGUACCUCAGCUGCAGAGCUAACUUCAGCAACUGAAAUGAAAACGUGACUUAAUAUAUGUGGGGCCAUGAUCUCUAACUUGCUAGAAGCCAAGUAUAAUUUUCCUUUCUCAUGGUGUACGUACAUGAUAGCGCAUCAGACGGCAAUGAAGUAUGAUACCGAUCAGAAUAGUCUUUUUUCUAUAGACAGGCUGUAAAUACAUGCACAUACUUUCUAAUCAAUUGUUCAUGAAGUGUAAUAUCCUUUUGCUAAGCAUCUCCUCUUCUGCAUCUGGAGACCACUACAUGAGUGAGUGGCUGCUUGAGGCCUUUCCGUAUUAACUGCUCCCCCUGAGAAGAGCUAUGGUGCAAUAAUUUAGAAGCUUAACAAUGGCCUGUUGCUGAAGGACAUGUAUCAGCAAUCACGAAAAUACACUGUACCAUAUAUAUCACAUUCAUUUAUUUUGGUACGUUUUUGAUGGUCUGCUUGCCUGAUGGAUGGUCCCUUUUAUUGUUGCUCUUGUCUUUUCAUCUGUUUGGUAGACCUAUAUUCAGGGCAUGCCGAAUAAUUCGCUGUUGUUAAAUGCGAGUGAGCGAGAUGGAUACAAAAUGAUGGAAACUUAUUGAAUGUCAGUACUGAAUAUAGAUAUUUGAUGAUUGCUUCUUGAAGUGACACUGCAGCUUUGUUAAAGAAAGCCGAACCACAGGGCACCGAUGAAUUAAAAGUUAAUCGAGUGGCGGAACAGUGCUUCCGGGAGGUUCAGCUUGUGUUCACUGGCCAUGGACCACCAAUUUGCUGUCAAACAAUAACUGUAAUAAUCUUUUCUCUCCCUUGUAUAUGCAUGAGCUGUAACAUCUGCUUUGAUGAUCUUUAUCUGUGGAGAUUUGAAAGGUGCUUCAACGAGUACGUUUUGUGGA